CUUGCUCUAUUGAAUCAUAUAAAGCAAAAAAUGGUUUGGGAGAUUGUGAACCAUGUCCUGGGCAUAGUGGUACACGGAAUACCGGUAGUGCGGAGUGUCAAUGUGAUGCGGGAUAUUAUCGGGCUAAUGAUGAAGGACCUGAAUUUCCUUGUACACAGCCACCAUCGAAACCAUCACAUGUUACAGUAGCACAAAUUGACGAAACAUCCGUCAUAAUCGAAUGGGAUGAACCAUUGAUGCUUGGUGGACGAAAGGAAUUAUGGUAUCGUUACCAAUGUCCUGAAUGUCCAACAACAACAAUAGCUCAUCCAGCUGAAAAUACAUUCACAACACAACGUUUAGAAUUAACCGAUUUAAAUGCUGGUUCCACGUAUACGGUGUUAAUUUUUGCCGAAAAUAAACUAUCAAAGAUUGAAUCGGUUGUUAGUCAGUAUGCAUUGGUUGAAUUUACCACACGGACUACGGUACCAGUAAUAAGCGAUCUUCGAAUUGAAGGUAUACAAGAAAAUGGUGUAACAAUUGCAUGGAAAUCAAUGAGUACAAUUAGAAAAGGACAUUCUUAUGAAAUUGAAUCAUUGCAUAAUGAUUCAUCAUCAGUUGUAAAAACCGCUCGAAGUUAUUAUACAUUUGAAAAUUUGAAGCCACAAUUUGUGUAUUCAUUUAGAGUACGUAUAGUAAGCGAACAUGGACAUGGUACAUGGAGUGAACCAUUAUGGUAUCAACCUGGUCGUAGUUUACCAUUUGCACCAAUAAGCCAUAAUGUUGAUGAUGAUAAUAGUGAUAAUGAUGAUUAUAUGCAUAAUAAUAGCAUUGUACGUAUAGUAAGCGAACAUGGACAUGGUACAUGGAGUGAACCAUUAUGGUAUCAACCUGGUCGUAGUUUACCAUUUGCACCAAUAAGCCAUAAUGUUGAUGAUGAUAAUAGUGAUAAUGAUGAUUAUAUGCAUAAUAAUAGCAUUGUCGAUUUGCAUUGGUCAUCUCCUGGACCACCGUUAUGGGUUUGGAUUUUAUUAAUAUCUUCAUUUAUGAUUAUUGUCCUCUUUACACUGCUCAUUUGUUUGCGACAAAAUCGAAAUCGGAAACGAUUAAGCGAUUGUGAUGGUAUCGAUUCCUACAAAAAUGGUACAUUAACACCAGACUUUAGCGCACCAACUUCACAAGGUGCGGUACAGAAUUUUUUUCGCGGAAAAUUAGGUUCACCACUGAUAAAUUAUGGUUCAUCACAAUCAACUAAUUAUGGUGAAACUACUCGUUUCAAGCCAUAUGUUGAUCCGGCAGCAUAUGAAGAUCCGAAUCAGGCUUUAUCAGAAUUCACAAAUGAUGUUGAUCCAGCUUUGAUACGUAUUACCGAGGUUAUUGGUAGCGGUGAGUUUGGUGAAGUUUGUAAAGGUGUCUUACAACCAUCGUAUAGGAUAACUUCAUCUGAUAUUAGUCAGGUACAAACAGUUGCUAUCAAAACAUUAAAACCAGGUAGUAGUGAUAAAGCAAAAGGUGAUUUUCUGAUGGAAGCAUCAAUUAUGGGUCAAUUUGCUCAUGAAAAUGUAAUUCGAUUAAUUGGUGUAGUAACAAAAAAUGAGCCAAUUAUGAUUGUAAUUGAAUAUAUGGAAAAUGGUUCAUUGGAUCAAUUCUUACGUAAGAAUGAUAAUGGAAUUUUGGAAUUAGUGCAAAUAGUUGAUAUGUUACGAGGGAUAUCAGCUGGAAUGAAAUAUCUUACCGAAAAGGGCUUUGUACAUAGGGACUUAGCAGCUCGAAAUGUAUUGGUAGAUUCAAAUUUGCUAUGUAAAAUUGCUGAUUUUGGAUUAAGUCGUGGUGUCGAAGGAUCAAUUGAACAAGAGUAUACAACAAAUGGUGGUAAAAUACCUGUACGUUGGACAGCACCUGAAGCUAUAACACAUCGAAAGUUUACUGCUGCAUCCGAUGUUUGGAGUUUUGGUGUUGUCAUGUGGGAGGUUUGUUCAUUUGGUGAACGACCGUAUUGGGAUUGGACAAAUCAAAAAGUAAUCAGUGAGAUAACAUUAGGUUAUCGUUUACCAUCACCAAUGGAUACACCUGUAUCAUUACAUAAUUUAAUGUUGCAAUGUUGGCAUAUUGAUCGCCAUCAAAGGCCAACAUUUGCGCAAAUUCUUAAAAUUCUCGAAGAAUAUGUUCGUCAACCAGCGCUUAUCUAUGAUGAUAAUAUUUGUUUGGGUAAUUCGACAACAUCAAAUGUUGGAUUUGGUACACUUCCACGUUCAGUUGAUACGAAAGCAUCAACAACAUCAUUAUCAUUAUCAUCACAACUUCCAUUGGAUGAAUUUUUAAAACGUAUUGGUUUGGGACAUUGCGCAAUGAAACUUAAUAUGGCCGGUGUUAGUAGGGUUUCAGAUUUGGUACGUCUUGGACAUAUUGAUUUACUCAGUUACGGGUUAAUUGCUGAAGAAGUACAGAUGAUACGGAAUGCUCUCAAAAGGCCGGGUCCGGUUGCAACAUUGCAACAUAUGCGAAGCCGUCCGGAAUAUCAGCAACACACUCCGGCAUAUCAAUUUUCACCUCAAUCUCGUCCUCCACUUCAUACUUCAUCACGACUUGCAACAAUGCCAAGAGUUCUAUCAUCACUUCCAACAUCCAAUAAAGAUAGCUUCUUUGUAUAA